AAAAAAUCUGAAUGAAUGAACGGACGGAUCGCAACGCAGCAAUACACGGUGAUGGCGGUGGCAGUCUCCAGGGAUCUGACGGUCCAGGUGCUGCAGGAUACAAAUGCUGCCAAGCUGACUGAUACACAGCAGGCUCUGCGCGCUGCUAUCCAGAGAGGAGAGCCCAAAUCUUUGGGGGUGAGUCAGAUUAUGCUGGGGCUGAUGAUCAUGUCCUACUCCAUCCCUCUUCACUUGACCGAGAUCACUGAGGUGGUCCGCUUUGGAGUUCCUUGGUGGAGCGGACUGGCGUUCAUGACAGCAGGAGUGAUUGCAGUCAUCUUGGACAAACGCUGCACCAUGAGGACUCUGUGGGUGUGUUUGAUAGUGAGCAUGGUGUCCACUGUGCUGUCAGUGGUGGCUUUAAUCAUCUACUCUGUGGACAUACACAAAAAUCCUGAUGUGCCCUGCAUCAAGACGGGGCAUGACAAUUGUCCCAAGAUACACUACGCCACGAAGCUGAGCAGAGGAUUAAAGACAUCCCUCCUUGUCUUCAGUCUGGCAGAGGCAGUCAUCUCUGCCAUUCUAAGCUUCCUUCUCUUCAGGCAGAGACACAGCUUCGGACAGUACGCUUCUCUCGAUCAAGCUGCUUCAUCAAGUCCCACAACAAUCAAACCCCACGACCUAUACUGAUCAAUCACUAGACCAGUAGUCUUUGAUGUGGUGGGUCACUUCUCAUCAACAAGCUUUCACAGAGGAGGCUGGGCUCAAUCAUUCAGAAGUAAUCUGAUUAGACUGCAUCAGAUAUUGAAAAAAUGGGUUGUUCAAAAGAAAGAAAAAAGGGAUGUAACUCACUUUUGUUUUUUAACUGGAUCAAACUUUCGGUAUAUGUUUUUUAAAAACUUUUUAGUAGGAUUGGGAUACCUUGAUCCAAAAAAAUCAGGAUUAUCCCGAUCCCAGCAGACAGAUGGAUUCAGGGCGGAUUCCAGGAAUAAAAUGCAGUUUUAUAUUGAUCCAAUAAAUGUACAAUUUAUUUAUACUUUGCACUUGAUUGUUUAACCAUCGACAUUAGGCUUCCUUAUUAGCCUUCAGCACUGUAAUGUUAAUAAAAGGCUUUUGUCCCAUAAAACAAUCCUCCAUAGCUGUCAAUAACAAACAAAAAUUACACAAUUUGAACAUGUCUUGGAUAUAUUUAUAUCACGGUAAAAUAUCCCUCUGUGUUUUUGUAUGCAUUUCAGUAGGCUCAUAUUACAUACCACAGACGUUUCUACUAUUUGUUAAUAAAAACUUUUAUGUCGCUAUUAUGAAUCAAAUUACAUAAACAUAAUAUUGCAUAUAUGCUACGAUAAAAUCAACUCUAGAAUCCCAAAGAUUUAACUUCUCUGCAAAUCCAGCAUCCAAGCUUUUUGUCUUUCAUAAUGAGCCAAUGAUUAGCUCUGCAGAAAAAGUCAACUAUGCCCCUCGUCCAGCAGUCAGGUACACUGUUCCCAUGGUGCAAAGUGUCAGAGAUGUAGAAGUUAGUGAAGGGAUUUCUCAUUCACUUGUGGGAGCCAGUUCAAAGAUGCGGUUCGUUCGUUGGAUCCCACGUCUGAAGUGGAUUUGAAAUAGCCUAGGCCUCACUUCUCCCACACAUUAUUGCCCAAGAUUAUCAUCACAUUUAAACAGUCAGUUGAAUUGUGCAAGUGUUUCAGUUCAACUGUAACAACUGAGAAAGCCAUAUACAAAAGAGGAAAAUACCAAGACAGCUUAGUGGCAAAGUUGACUGACCUGUCUGAAGGCAUGUGGCUGAUGAGAGGUCCCACACCCAGAGGACUUCAUCUAAAGGUUUUUGGUGAGACAAACAAAAUAAUUUGGGUUGAGCUACAUACCCCUUAUAAUCAAUUCUUAUUUGAGAAUGAAACAGCCAUUGGCUUAUGAUGUGACCUGUGCUGUAAACAUUCAAAGGCUGUGUCCUUGCUGCUGCAGCGGCCACGGGUUCAAUUCCAACCCAUGGCCCUUUGCUGCAUGUCUUCCCCUCUCUCUCUCUGCCCCUUUCACACUGUAUCUAUGUAAGUAUCUCAGUAUAAAAUAUACUGAAAGAAUGAGCGUAUUAGAAGCAAUAAAAAUGUUUUUUAAAUCUGAUUAUAAGCUCUGAGAUCUGACUAUAAGCCUAUGCAUAUAAUAGUUAAAAAACAUGGAUGUGAAAUGUGAAAUCUGUCUUUUCUUUCAUAAAGGAUGGUCCAGUAUGUUUGAUGCUAAAGGAGACAAGAAAGGAAGCAUUAAAGCACCUUUCCUUGGCAUUUAGAGAAUUCGCACAGCUGUUAUCACGGCUGCCACUUAGGUAUUUCAGGGUCAUUCCACUCAGUCGGGAACCUUCCUAAGCCGAAAAGUUUAUUUGACGAUGAAACCACUUCUCACUUCACCUCUUUCUUUGAAAAUGUUUUAUGGUGUUGUUGCAGUCUUGUUCAUCUAAGCUUUGGAACAGAUGUGUGUACAGUGCAAAGUGUCCAUGAUCAAUUGCACUGUUUUUGUUUUUCUAGACUGUUUACAGUGUCAUAAAACAUGUGUUCCUUGAUUUUGUCAUCUUUGAUAUACAAAAUAAAAUCUUGUGUACAUACGA